ACCGAGACGCGUUCAAAGACCACAUGAAGGUGUGUCCUGUCUGGAUUUAGGGGCGUGAAAUGUUCUUCAUCUGUGACCUGGCGUCCAGUCCGUCUGCAGAAGCGUUAACGGUCCUCUUCCUCUGACAAUGGCGCAGUCUAUUCUCGACACAAUGCCCGGAGCCUCCACGGGCACCGUGGUGGUCACGGAUCAUCUGAAUUUCUGGGGUGGGAAGCGGGUCCAACCCAGGCAGGAGAAAAACACAGAGCCCGUGUUCGAACCUGCGACUGGCCGUGUCUUGUGUCAGAUGGUGCCAUGUGGGUCGGAGGAGGUGGACGAGGCCAUAAAGAGCGCCCACGGUGCCUAUCUAAAAUGGAGAAAGAUGGCAGGCAUGGAGAGGGCACGGGUGAUGCUCGAGGCCGCCCGCAUUAUCAGGGAAAGAAGGGAGAAGAUUGCAAAGCUGGAAGUCAUCAACAAUGGCAAGACCAUCACUGAAGCCCUGGUGGAUAUCGAUAUUGCCUGGCAGUGCAUUGAGUACUACGCUGGCAUGGCUGGAACGCUCGCAGGCCAGCACGUCCAGCUUCCUGGCGGAGCAUUUGCUUACACCAGGAGGGAGCCCCUUGGUGUGUGUGUGGGAAUCGGGGCUUGGAAUUACCCCUUCCAGAUCGCGUCAUGGAAGUCUGCUCCUGCUCUGGCAUGUGGUAAUGCCAUGGUGUUCAAGCCCUCACCAAUGACUCCUGUAACUGCUGUCAUUCUGGCUGAGAUUUACAAAGAGGCAGGGGUACCUGACGGGCUCUUCUGUGUGGUGCAAGGUGGAGCUGAGACCGGCACCUUGCUCUGCCAUCACCCGAUGGUUGCCAAAGUCUCCUUCACUGGCAGCGUUCCAACGGGCAAAAAGGUCAUGGAAAUGUCUGCAAAGGGGGUGAAGCAGGUGACUCUGGAGCUUGGAGGGAAAUCUCCCCUCCUCAUCUUCAAAGACUGCGAGCUGGAGAACGCAGUGAAGGGCGCACUCAUGGCAAACUUCCUGACACAGGGACAGGUUUGCUGCAAUGGGACCAGAGUGUUUGUGCAAAGAGAGAUCAUGCCCCAGUUCCUGGAAGAGGUGGUGAAGAGGACUAAGGUCAUCCCUUUGGGUGACCCCAUGCUGGACGGCACCCGAAUGGGAGCGCUGAUCAGCAAGCCACAGCUGGAGAAAGUGCUGGGAUUUGUCAAUCAGGCCAAGAAAGAGGGAGCCAGAGUGCUGUGUGGAGGAGAGCCUUUUGUCCCCAGUGACCCCAAAUUGAAAGGGGGCUACUUCAUGUCACCCUGUGUGCUUGAUAACUGCAGAGAUGACAUGACCUGUGUGAAGGAGGAGAUUUUUGGCCCAGUCAUGUCUGUACUGCCCUUUGACACAGAGGAAGAAGUGAUCCGCAGGGCCAACAACACCACCUUCGGACUGGCCUCUGGAGUCUUCACCAGGGACAUUUCUCGAGCCCAUCGUGUGGCUGCAGACCUGGAGGCAGGGACCUGCUUCAUCAACAACUACAACAUCAGCCCUGUGGAAGUGCCAUUUGGAGGAUACAAGAAUUCAGGCUUUGGCAGAGAGAACGGCCAGGUGACAAUCGAGUACUACUCCCAGCUGAAGACUGUGGUUGUGGAAAUGGGCGACGUCGAGAGCCUCUUCUAAACUCCUCUCACAGUGUUUGCACUGCUGUGCCAGUACUGCACAAUCCCUGAUGCUAAACUAACUAACACAUGCGUGGGUGCGUGCGUGCGUGUGUGUGUGUGUGUGUGCGCGUGUGUGUGUGGAAGUAGAACCAAGAGCCUUAAUUAGAACUCCUGUGUGUGAACUGUGAAUUAGCAUUAGAGAAAAAAACAGACUUUUGUACUGAAACACUACUGGACACCUGACUCCUUUCUGUCAAAAUAAAAUGUUUUAGAUACAAA